GCAGCUUGUCCAUGUUCUCUGGUGUCCUAGCAACCAGAACCUUGUUCGAGUUCUGGCCCAGACAGGGCCAUUUCCCCCUGACCCCAGGCCUGUCUGUGUGGCUUGAGGGUCCACUGCAAGCCACCCCUUGUCCCCUCUCCCCCGGAUGCGCAGAACCACAGCGCCCCCACCGACAGAAUGAGCUUCUCAGUCACCUACAGCGAGCUGAUCGACAUCGCCAUCCCGCGGGGUGGCGUGAUCAACUUCAAGGCCCUGCACCUCCUGCUGCAGGGCAUCCUGGACCACAUCCACAUAGCCGAGCUCAAGAAGGUGCUCACGGGCGACGAGGACUUCCUGCAGACCUCGGCGGUGUUCACGCCCCGGGAGGGGGACGCCCAGCCCAUCAUCAACCCCAUGAAGAGGCUCAGCAAUGUCUUCGACCACGUGGUGGACCGCAUGGACAGGAUGGAGAGCCAGCUGGCUGCCCUGCAGGACCUGCCCUCCACCAUCCAGCUGCUGGAGGGCAGCCAGGGUGCUGGCAGGCCUGCGGAGGCGCUGUGGCACCUGAUCAAGAUCCGGAAGAUGGUGGAAGGCAACGAAGAAGCCCUCGCCAAGUCCAUGACGACCCUGCAGGACUUGCUCACCGACAUUCAUGUACUCAAGGUCACCGCUGGGGCCCUCAGGAAGGACGUGGACAUGCUGAAGGACAUAUUCCAGAAGAUGCCCCUGGAAAAAGUGGACAGUAUCUCCAAAGAUUUGAAAUCGCAGCACCAGAAGAUGAAUGCCCUGCAGCGGGAGAUGCUGACGCUUCAGAAUAAAGUAGUCUCCGUCCCCAAAGCCGAGGACACGGUGCUCUGGAGUGGCCUGCACGAAGCCAUGUUCCCCCGAAGAAAGUCACAAAACCUGCAGGACUCGGAGCUGUGGACGGUUGCUGAGGAAAUCCAGAAGGAAAGCCCUCAGCAGAUCACCGAACGCCUGACAGUUGGAGCCGAAGCUGCUGGUCACAGCCAGAUCCGAGAGGCCAUCCAGGGUCCCAAACCCCUGCACACUGUCUGGUACGGUCCUGAGGCCUUGAUGGAACUGCAGGAAGAGGAGUCCACACAGGCCGUCCCCCUCCCUGAGGCCCAAGUGCCAGGCGAGCCCCAGGAGCCAGGUCAGCCCCAGGAGCCGGGCCAGCCCCAGGAGCCUGGUCAGCCCCAGGAGCCGGGCAAGCCCCAGGAGCCGGGCAAGCCCCAGGAGCCGGGUCAGCCCCAGGAGCCAGGCAAGCCCCAGGGGCCGGAACCUAAACCUGGGCCCGCCACCACAGCUGGACCGGGGCCUGGGCUGGGGCCUGGCAUGACGCCUAGGUUCAUGGCAGGACCUUGGCCUGCUUUCAGACCUGGGCCUGUCCCCGGGCCUGGCUCAGCCUUUGGACCGGGACAGGCCACCGGAUCUGGGCAGGCCUUCGGACCAGGACCAGCCUUCGGACCUGGGCAGGCUUUCGGACCAGGGCCGGCCUUAGCACCGGGACCUGCUUCAGGACAGGGACCAGCCUUCAGACCAGGAUCAGCCUUUGGACCGGGACCAGCUUCAGGACCAGGACCGGCCUUAGAACUGGGACCAGCCUUUGGACAAGGGCAGGCCUUAGGACCCAGGCCUGUGCCUGGACCCAGGCCUGUGCCUGGACCCGGGCCUGUGCCUGGACCUGGGCCUAUGCCUGGUCCCGGGCCUGUGCCUGGUCCCGGGCCUGUGCCUGGACUUGUGUCUGCGCCGGACACUCAGCCCACACCACCAGGCUUCUGGCCUAUGCCACCAGGAGGCUGGCCUCCUCCCAGAGGCUUCACUGCCCCUAGCCGUUUGCCUUCCUGGGGCAUGGACUAUUCAUCUGGCCUACCUGGCCAGCCCCAGAGCUCCAGGGAGCUUCGUGGGCCUCCUAAGCCGUGGCCGCCCCCCUACCAGGCAGAGGGCCUCCCCCCGCUCUCAGAAAAUGAGCAAGGUCUCCCCCCAGAGGUUGCGAGAGUCACUCAGUCUCCAGCCUCCAGGGACGGGGCCCUCGAUGUACCCCCUAAGCGUUCUCCAUCUACCCUUAAGCGGAUAAAAACCUCUGCUUCUGUGGCCGCAGCCGCUGCUGCCGCCUAUGCUGCCGCCGCUGCCUCAGCAGCCCAGACAGUCAGGGCUGCUGUCAAAUUCGUUGAGGAUGUCCCUGCCACCAAGCUGGCCACCAAGGCCACCACUAAGGCCGCGUCCGGGCCCCUGGGGGUCUUUGCAGAUGAGCUGGGUGCCGGGUCCUCCCGCGGAGCCACUAAGGACCUCCACAAGGCUGUCCAGGUGGAAGACGUGUCAGAUGUGGGGUACGAGGACUUAUCCCUGCUCUACAUGUCUAUGCACGCCCCUUCCGACCCGGUCCUGGCCCAGGCCAUGCUGUCUGCCAGCGAGGCCAUGACCCUGGAAGAGAAGAAGGAUGCCAUCAAGAUGUCCUUGAGCCACAUGGCCCAGAUGCCCAUCAGACACGACUCCCUGAAGGAAGAGAUGGUGCAGCUGUCGUCCAAGCUGCAGCAGCGCCUGGACCACCUGUCUGACAUCAGCGCCUCCUCCAAGCUCGGGAAGACAGUGGACAUGUUGCAGGACAAGAUUGACAACCUCUUCAAGUCCAGGAUGAAGGAGGAAGAACUGGAGAGGGUUUGGGGCCACCAGGUCGAGGUCAUGAAGGAUCACUACAUCGUGCUGAACAAAGCAGUGGAGAAUGUCCAGAUCCGCCUGGAUGAGUUGAAGAGUAUCAAGGCUCAAAUAAGAAAAUUAGAAAUAAACAAGGCGGACAAGAAGCUGGUGGAGAAGGAGCUAAGUGAGAAAGCCGACCGGGGCGUCCUGGCAGGCAAGGCGAACCGGGUGGACCUGGAGACCGCGGCGGUGGAGCUGAACGAACUGAUCCAGAGCGUGCUGCUCAAGGUCAUGGGCCACGAGGACGGCUGGAAGAAGGCUGUGGAGCGGCUGAGGAAGGACCUGCAGGCCAAGCUGCCCCAGCACGACUUGGACAGUCUGCGGGUGGAGAUGGACGAGGUCUGGAUGGUGAUGCGGAAGCUGCUGAUGGACGGCAUCCGAUUUGACCCCGACAGCGCUGCCGGCUUUAGGAAGAAACUCUUCGAGCGCGUGAAAUGCAUCUCGUGCGACCGGCAGGUGGACAUGAUGAGCAGCCCGCAACUCAUCACCAUCCGCAAAGCCCAGCUGCUGUCCAGGCUGCGACCGGCCAGCGCCGACAGCUAUGAGUACCUGCAGCGACAGCAGAUGAGGGAGCAGCAGCUGCAGCAGCUCCAGGACCUAGGAAUGCAGCAGGGGGAUCUGCAAAUUGCUGGUCCCCUGCAGGACUGGGGCGACGGCCCUGCUGCCAACAACCACCUCAAGACCAGGUCACGUGACUUGACCACACUUUACCCCUAUGGGGACCCUGAAGUGUUGGAUUAUGACACCGCCGAGGUGGACCUCCUGGGCGUGGAUGGGAUCCUGUACAAGGGCCGAAUGAGUGACCAGGAGGGCACAGCUGGCGCGGAGAAGGAGCUGGCAGCCGUGAAGUUCCCGCGCCCUCCGCUGAGGAACCUGGACGACCGCUCGCGCCUCGUCUCCUCACUCGGCGUCUCCUCCUCCCUGCACCCCUACACCGGUGUCCGCUCAGCCACCUUGGGCCUACACCAGACCGUGCCGGCUCGGCCUCCGUCUCUGCCGCCCCUGACACUGCUGCCGCGGCUGCCGCCCUCCCUGCGGGACCUGCGGGACCCCCUCCUGGCCCCAGGCCCUGCCAGGCACCCCAGGCCUCUGCGCUCUGAGACCCGGACCAACAUCCAGCCCACCGAGGAGCCCACUAAACUGCUGGUCCUCGGGGAGCGGGGACCGCUGUCGCCCGGGAUGGGCCCCGCACGCCCGCGUGAAGUCUUUCUGGCGGCCAUGCCAGGCCUUGGCGGGGCCCAAAACAGACCUAAGCUUGAAGGGUUCCCACCUGGCCAUUCAGUGGGCGGUGCGGCCAGACUGGGCAUUCUGGGGAAGGGGGGAUGGACCCGAGCCAGGCUGUGCUUGGACUUGCCCCUGCCCUUAGAUACGCGGGCACCCGGGCCACUCUUCACCCCACACCAGUCCCCACUGGGCCCAAAGCUGCUGCCCUGGCCACUCCUCAGGUUAGAAAUGACCCUGCUCGAGCAGGUAGGGCCACCGAGGACUGCAGACGUCGCGCCAGUAAGACCUGCUCCAGAAGGCGCCGCCAGCUGGAAAGGGGACGUUCAGGCACUGCUGCGGCCCUCCUCAGACACUGGUCAGCACGCCAGGCCCGUCACCACCACCAUGGCUGGCCUGACCCCUGGUGACUCCCCACGGAUCUGGGGGCUCUAA